AUGGACGAACUCGACUACUCGGACAUCGAGGCAAAGUACCAUGUGCCGCUAGACGAAAGUCUGGACAAUGUGAUUAUCAUACACGGAGUGCCUGUGAUUACUCCUGCCAAAGAACAGCGUCUUGUUGAGGCGAUCCAGAAGCGUUUUCGCACGCAGGCCGAGCUCGAGGUGCCGCUCGAGUACUUUCAUAUCCCAUACGGUGACGGCGGCGAGUCCAAGGGAUACGUUAUUGCAGAGCUUGCGGAUGUUGAUGAGGCCGUGCAUGCGAUCCGCACUAUGGACGGGUAUGCGUUCGACAAGAAGCACCGUUUCGCGGUGAACCGCUUUACGGACAUUGAGCGCCUCGCCGAGCUGGACGAGACGUUUGUCGAGCCGGAGCAGGAAGAGUACCAACAGCGUGGAAACCUUCGGUCCUGGCUCGCAGAUCCAGCGUGCCGUGACCAGCUGGCCAUGUGCCACCAUGACGACGUGCAGAUUGGAUGGCACAACAAGUCGUCUCAGCCGGAAAUUGUGCACAGCCGCACGCGCUGGACGGAAUCGUACGUGCAGUGGUCCCCGCACGGCACGUACCUGGCUACCUUUCACUUGCAGGGAAUCGCCCUGUGGGGUGGCGCGGCGUGGGAGCGGAUUAUGCGAUACCCCCACCCUGGUGUCCGCCUGGUGGACUUUAGCCCCGACGAGAAAUACAUGGUGACUUGGGCUCCCGAGCCAAUCCAAGUCCCGGAGAAUGCGCCGCAGGGUCCCCAGUUUUUCAGCGCAGAGGACCAAGGGAACCGCGUCGCGAUAUGGGAUGUGCGCACUGGCCACUUGCUGCGCACUUUUGCUGUCGUGCAGGAAGAGAGCGCGGCAGAAAAUGGCGCCGUGACCAAGGGUUUCAGCUGGCCGUUCCUCAAGUGGAGCGGGGACAGCCAGUACUGCGCCAAGGUCACGCCUGGCAAGUUUAUCAGCGUGUACGAGCCGCCGCGCAUGGGCCUGCUCGACCACAAGAGCAUCAAAAUCGAUGGCGUGGUCGACUUUGAGUGGUGUCCGCUCGGAGACAAAGACAAGGAGACGCUUGAGAUCUGGAACGACCGCGCGAACCGCGAGCUGCCGAAAAGCUUCAAGAAACCGCGCGAUAAUAUGCUCUGCUACUGGCAGCCAGAGAUGCAGAACCAGCCGGCGCGUGUGGCCGUGAUGAGUAUCCCGAAGCGCGAGCUUUUGCGGUCCAAGAAUCUGUUCAACGUUGCAGACUGCAAGCUCCACUGGCACCCCCAGGGCGACUAUCUCUGCGUCAAGGUCGACCGCCAAACGCGCACGAAAAAGACGGUAUUCAGCAACUUUGAAAUCUUCCGUAUGCGCGAGAAGGAUUUCCCUGUCGAGACGAUCGAGCUUAAGGACCCCGUUAUGGCGUUUGCGUGGGAGCCGCAGGGCUCGCACUUUAGCGUCAUCUCCACAAACGACCCCAACUUUGGCAUCGUCUCGCCCGGCAUCUCGCUCAAAACGCAACUGCUCUUCUACCACCUCCAUCCACGUGGCAAUUUCCGCCAGCUCAAGGCGUUUGACAACAAGACGUGCAAUGCGCUGUUCUGGUCGCCGCGCGGCAAACACCUGCUUGCCGCUACGCUCGGCUCUACACAAAAGUUUGACUUGGAGUGGUACGAUGUCGACUUUAACAGUGAUGUCCGUCAAAACUCGAAUAAUCCCGAUCUGCUCGAGGAGGUGAAGAUGAUUGGAAAUGCGGAGCACUACAGCAUCACAGACGUCGAGUGGGACCCCAGUGGGCGGUACGUGACGACCAGCGCAAGUCUCUGGCGCCGCUCGACCGAGCAUGGGUAUGCAAUCUGGGAUUUCCGCGGCACCGAGCUGCAGAAGCAUGUGCUCGACCAGUUCAAGCAGAUCCUCUGGCGGCCGCGGCCCAGGUCGCUUUUGAGCAAGGACGAGCAGAAGCGUGUGCGCAGGAACCUCCGCGAGUUCUCCAAGGUCUUCGACCAGGAGGAUGAGGCGGAGCAAAACAGCCAGGCGCUUGCACACCGCGAGGUGUACCAGCGCAUGGUCGAGGAAUGGAAAGCAUGGCGCGAAAAGAACCGGAGAUUGCUCGAAGAGGCCAAGAAGGAGCUUGGUACCGACACGGUUGGGCCCAGUGCGCAGCAGCUGCAAAAAGAGAGCACCGAAGAGAUCCAUGAGUGGAUCGAGGAGGUGCUCGAGGAGACCGAAGAGGUGCUCUAG